UGGAUCCGGAAACAGGAGCUGUUCUGGGUCGCAACGGCCCCACUAUCUCCCCAUGGGCAUGUCAAUGUCUCGCCCAAGGGCUUGAAAAGUUGUUUCCACGUCGAAAGCCCCAAUGAAGUGUGGUAUGAGGAUAUGGCUGGGUCAGGUGGCGAGACAGCUGCGCACGUCCGGGAGAACGGCCGAAUUACGAUCAUGUUCAGCGCCUUCGAGGGCGCGGCUAUGAUCCUGCGCCUCUUCGGGACCACCGUCGUCCACGAAUUCGGCACGUCCGAGUACAACCGGCGGAUCGACCUCUCCUCCCGCACACCCGGCUCAAGGGCGGUCGUCGAGAUCAGGGUGCACAAAGCCGGCACGUCGUGUGGUUACGCGGUACCGAUCUACACCUUCCAAAAACAUCGCACAGCGCUGCUCAACUUCGCCUACAAGCGGGAGAAUAAGGACCUCGCUUUUGAUGGCGGUGGAGUCGAAGCGAUCUGCGUGGACGGGCUGAAGGCGUACUGGAACGAUAAUAACAUCGCGAGCAUGGACGGCUUACCCGCGUUCGACGAAUGUUAUAAGAGCGCCCAGCCGGUGACGCACGCCCCGAUUGAGGAGCCGAAGCGGAAGCUUGACACGAAGGAGGCCUUCGCCAACCUCGAUGCCGAAGCAGACAACCAACUAUCCAAGGCUCGCCCGGCCAUCGAACGAGAUGUAUCUCUCAUCACGCUAGGAUUUAUGGUUGGCCUCUGCACCACCGCCAUAGCGAGCUGUUUUGCAUCAAAAUUACAUUUUGUUUAG